CAACAGCUUCAGGUUUCUUCUGAGCCCAUCCUUUGUGCCUAGCUAGCUCCUUCCGGCUCCCAGUAGGUGACCGUUUCCCACAGAUUCCUCGGCUCCACACCACAAGUUCCCUGUUCUUCGACUCGCAAUGACGAAGCACCAGAGGGCUGAAGCGGCCGACCAGCAUGUCGUGUCCCUCGCCCUCUCGCUCUGCCUCGGCGCUGUCGCUGACCGCAGCAAGAAGAUGCGCCGCGCCGGUCGGGAUCAGUUCGUGUGCAAGACGUGCGGCCGCUCGUUCGCGUCGUUCCAGGCGCUGGGUGGCCACCGGACUAGCCACCUCCGCGACCGCAACGGGCUCGCGCUCGCCCUCACCACCGGCGAUCAGUACUGCUCGGUCAAGCCCAAGAGUGCUACGGAUCAGAAGCAGGCGCACCAGUGCCACAUCUGCGGCCAAGGGUUCGAGACGGGGCAGGCGCUCGGCGGCCACAUGCGCCGGCACCGUGAGGAGGUGGCGCAGGCGUUGCCCGUUCUGCUCGAGCUCUUUGUCUAGACCGAUUUCAGUAGCUCUAGACUUCUAGUGCAGAGUUUUCGGCAUGCGUAUGCGUGCACUCUCGUAGUAGUUAGGUGUUAACCAUUGGUUGGUUCAUUCCUUUAUAUGUGUACAUAUACAAGUGUGACUUCUUCAGAGAUUAUAUAAAUGGAUUCGUUCGUUUA